AAUAAUAUUAACGACAAAAGCUGGCGCGAAAGCCUCUGCCAAGAUCUCAAAAACGCCAUGGAUCUAAUCUAAUCUAAACCCAACGAUUUCCAAGCUUUAGUUUCUGUAGCCCGAAGGCGAAAACAAAAUGAAGAAGACGGCUCAAUCUUGGUUCCUAGGCGGACCCAGCAGCGGCGGUCUCGAUAAACAGAAAUCGGCGUCUUUGCUGGCUGAUUGGAACGCUUACGCCUCUUCCCAAGACCCUGAUGCUUCCGCUAUUGGCUUCGAUAUCGAAUCCGCCAUGCGUACCACCGGUGAUAAAGUCAGUGGCACCUUUAACGUGGUCUCAAAAGGAGUCAGAGGCUUACCUGGCAGUUUUCAGUCUGCAAGCAGGAAUGUACCUUCUGCUAAAUCCUUAAUGUACUUUGGUGUGCUCCUUGCUUCUGGAGUGUUCUUCAUCUUCAUCGCAUUCACCAUGUUCCUUCCAGUGAUCGUGUUGGUGCCUCAGAAGUUUGGGAUCUGCUUUACAAUAGGUUGUGCAUUAAUUGUUGGUUCAUUCUUUGCUUUGAAAGGUCCUAGAUAUCAACUUGUGCAUAUGUCCUCCAGAGAGAGGCUGCCUUUUACAUUGGGUUUUGUUGGCAGUAUGGUGGGAACCAUUUAUGUUUCCAUGUGGCUUCACAGUUAUGUUCUUUCCGUGCUGUUCUCCUUGUUACAGGUCGUUUCACUAUCAUACUAUGCAAUAUCUUACUUCCCAGGAGGAUCUUCUGGCUUGAAAUUUAUAUCUUCUACAAUUGCCUCAUCGGUCUUGAGAUGCUUUGGAAGGUGAUAUGGGAGUCGGAUAUUUUGGGUUUAGUAACUCUGUUGUUGCAGCUAUUACAAGAUUCAUGCUGAUAUCAAUUCUUUGUGCAACAUUUAGUAAGUUUGUGUAUAAGUAUCAUUGCAGUAACUUUGUGAUGAAAUAAUGAGAUAUAUAUAAUGAAGAAUGUUAUUAAGAAA